AUAAGAGCCCUCUCGCACUGUAUCUCGUUUUCCUGGUUGACGGUUGUUGCGAACGGUUGAAAACUUUUUCAUCAAAAUGAGUUGGGAUGGAUGGCUGCCCGUCGUGCAAAGUGAUGGAACAAAUACCUGUGCUCACGAAUGUGGAAUUUAUGAUACUCAAGGCAACGUUUGGGCAAAAACAGCCAACUGUAAUUUAACAACGACCGACUUUACAGACCUGAAUAAGUUAUUUGCUUCAGGGAUGGAUUCUGGUGUCACAAGUGUAACUUUAAACGGCAAAAAAUAUAUCAUAAUAAAUGCAGAUAAAGAUGCAAAAACUAUAGAAGGAAAAUGUGGCCCGGGAGGCUUUUGUGCAGCAAGAGGUCAAACUUUCACUGUCGUAGGCUUUUACAAUGAUGCAUCUGUACAACCAGGAAACAACAAGAAGCAAGUAGAACACGCAAAAGGCAAGCUUGCUGAAGCCCUCGGCCAAAACUAGAGAGACAUUUCUUACACCAAUACUGUUCAUGCUGGUUUCUGUUCUGUACAUUUCAGUGGACUUGUAGGAUAUCAACUGUUUAACAAGUAGUCUCCAUCUUGCCAGAAAGAAAUGUUUCAGGGAUAUUAUAAGCUUCCAGAAAUCCUUGACAGCGAAGGAUAAUUUUUUUUU